AUGCACGAACUCACGUACACACCGCUGCGGUCGCACGCGCUCGCAUUUACAAACCAACAUUAUGGAUCGGCAACAAGACAGCGGGUAAAGCCCUUUCGUCUCCUCGACCUACCGGCGGAGCUUUGGUCGAAGAUCGGCAAGAUAGCUAUCGACGAUGCGCCAUCCUUCACAUACAACCCUCUAGCUCUUCGAUAUCCCCCUGACACGAAAGGACAGCCAGACAUCACCCGAAUCUGUCGAGUCCUGAGGGAUGGCAGGCAGAACUUGGAUGUGGUCUCGAGCUGGUGA